CAUUGGCUCCAGCAGCUUCCUCCUCCCUCUUGGUUUCCUUCUUCUUCAGCUCAGACGCUCAAAGUGUUUCAGUGAGAGAAGAAAGAGAGGACAGGUGAACAUGCAGCUCUUCCUGGCUCUCUGCUUUCUGCUGGGAAUCCCCAGCGGGGCUCCAGACAUUCACUCUGCGAAACUUUUCUACACUGCUUCAACUGAAGUUCCAAACUUUCCAGAGUUUGUGGUCGUUGUUCUGAUUGAUGAACUUCAGGUCAUGUACUACGACAGCAACACCAGGAGAGCAGUUCCCAAACAGGACUGGGCGAACAGAAUGACAGAAGAUGUUCCAACGUACUAUGAGAGUCAGACUCAGUACCUGAUGGGAUCUCAGCAAACCUUCAAAGCAAACAUUGAGAUCGUGAAGCAGCGUUUGAACCAAACUGGAGGUCUUCAUAUUGUCCAGAACAUGUACGGUUGUGAAUGGGACGAUGAAACUGAUGAAGUGAACGGAUUUCGACAGUUUGGUUAUGAUGGAGAAGAUUUCAUCGUUUAUGACCUGAAGACAGAAACCUUCAUCGCUCCAGUUCAACAGGCUGUUCCCACCAAACACAAGUGGGAAAAUAACAAAGCAGAGAUGGCUUAUUGGAAAAACUACCUGACCCAGGAAUGUGUUGGUUGGCUGAAGAAGUAUGUGGAGUUUGGUCGGAGCUCACUGAUGAGAAAAGAUCUUCCCUCAGUGUCUCUCCUCCAGAAGACUCCCUCCUCUCCGCUCACCUGCCACGCUACAGGUUUCUACCCCGACAGAGCCGACUUGUUCUGGAAGAAAGACGAGGAGGAGCUCCAUGAGGACGUGGUCAAAGGAGAGAUCCUCCCCAACCAUGACGGGAGCUUCCAGAUGAGCGUUGAUCUGGAUCUUUCAGGGCUCAAAGAUGAAGACUGGGGGAGGUACAGCUGUGUGUUUCAUCUGGCUGGAGGACAGGAAGUCUCCAAGAGACUGGACAAACGGGAGAUCAGGACCAACAUCAUCACCAACUGGGGAAAUGAUGAUAGAGGAGUCACUGGUGGAGGACUUCCCACUGGAGCUGUUGUUGGAAUUGUUGUUGUUGCUGUUCUGGUCCUGGCAGGCAUCGGACUCGCCGUCUGGUUGAAGAAACGACCUCAAGGGUUCAAACCCACUAACACCUCUGAAACUUCCUCUUCAUCAGGAGAAGAUCCAGCCGAGAAGAAAGGGAGCAGUGAGGAGCAGAGCAUGUUAAAACCCUCUGCAUGAAAGGAAGAGUCCAGAGAGGCUCCAGUCAUUGAGUCUGAUGGAGCAAGAGCCAAAAGAAAUGAUGGAGAAGUUGCUGAUUGCUCCACUUUGAGCUUCUCUCAAGAUUAAACAUGAAAUGAAUCGGUGAAUCAGUUUCCAUUUCGUUGAUUAUUAGUGUGAAGUGAUGAGGAGGAGGGGAUUACGGUAAUCCAGGUUGUCUUCGCUAGAUUAGAACUGAUGUGUUGAGCGAGUUUCUCUCCUCCACUGAUUUCCUCCUGACUAAACUAUUGAUCUGCUUCAUUCACUUGUUGCUUCUCAUCACUUCCUUCUGAUCUUUUCUUGGUUUUAUUUGAUCUCAGAUGGUGAAAUGUUUUCUUUGCAGAAACUAGGAGCUUUUUCCUUUGAUGGGUCAGUUCCUCAGAUUCAUUGUUGGUUUAAUGAGAUGUUUUUUUCUUUUUCAAUCAUAUUUAUCGUGUGUUUUGAGCCUCUGAAUAAAGUUCUCCAUAAUCCAAAA